CAUAUUUGUACGAAAAGAAUAACAACAGCACAUUUAAUCUUCCAUGUUACUUGUAUGACAGCUGCGCUUUCACUCUCUCAGCUUUCUUGAGGGAUGAUCACACAGAGCUAAUUUUCAUACCCUCAGGAUUUCCAGAUACGAAUAUGUGUACUGAAGUGGGUGUUUAUCUGAUUCAAUCACUAAUUGUGUGGGUACUAACAUGAAUGCAACAGGAAAGCAGUGUAUUUCACAGUUAAUACCAGUGAAGAGACACACAAUGCUCAGUGGAUAAAAGGCUUGUAGUCCCAGCUGGGAAAAUAGUUCUAUUAUCUCCCAGCUGCAUAGACCUUCCAUACGGCUCCGUUCUGCCUCGAUGAACACUGUGGCUUGCUGAGAGCUUGAAACAGUUCUACAGAAAAUUGUAAAGAUCCUGAGACAUUUCACUGUUAAGAUCUGAUAUCAAGGUAGUCACAGGAAGCCACACUUUAUUUUCCACUGAUUGGAUGGGAGGAAUUUUUGACCUUGGAAAGUGGAGAUGGUGUUGCUAUGGAAACUAAUAAGUCUGCUGCCAUUCAUGAGCUGCAGCACAGAGGAAGAAACCCUUCAUGUUCUUAUUUUAAUCCAAGACCCAUAUGAUUUCACUUACUCCAUGGCCUCAGCAAAUCCAGACAUCCUACUGAACUGUACAGCUAAAGGAUACCCACUCCCAUACUACAGGUUGGUUGGAGGCAGCUUGGCAAUCAAUAACCCACAUAAAAAACAGGAUAUUGGAACAUACCAGUGUUUGGCCACAAAUUCAUUUGGAACAAUUCUGAGCAGGACAGCAAAGCUUCAAUCUGCACAUCUUGAAAAUUCUGAAACAAAACCAAGAAACACAGUAUCAGCCAGAGAAGGACAAGGAGUGGUUCUGCCCUGUGGUCCUCUACCACAUUACGGAGGCUUAUCCUAUACAUGUAUCUUCAACAAUAAUACCUUAUAUGUUCAGGAAGAUAGUCACCCCUUUGUUUCUGAAGAAAGUGGAAAUCUGUACCUUGCCAAAGUAGAGCCAUCAGAUGUGGGCAACAACACUUGGACUAACUCCAAAGCAGAUCAAAGCGUGCAGGGGCCACCCACUCCUCUCACUCUCCGCAGCGAUGGUGUGAUGGAGGAGUACAAACCAAAGAUUGAAGUGUGUUUUCCAGAAACAACAUAUGCAGCGAAGGGCUCAUCUGUUAAACUGGAAUGCUUUGCCCUUGGAAAUCCUGUCCCUAGUAUUAGCUGGAAGAGGUCUGAUGGAAACUCAUUGACAAAAAAAAAAAAACAGCACAGCCAAACCAAAGGAGUUCUUGAAAUCCCAAAUGUUCAGCAAGAAGAUGAAAGCUCUUAUGAGUGCAUCACAGGAAACAUUUGAGGAGUAAACAUUGCAAGAGGUCAAUUAUUUGUCUAUGCACUCCCUGAAUGGGAUAAAAAGAUCCAAAAUGCCUUUCUGUCUCUCUAUGGCAGUUUAUUUUGGGAAUGUAAGGCUAAAGGAAAACCAAGCCCUUCCUACAGUUGGUUAAAAAAUGGUCAGAGGGUAAGCCAAGAGGAAGGAAUCCAAAUAGAAAAUGGAACUCUUAUCAUACCUGUGCUGAAUAUGUCAGACUCUGGCCUAUAUCAGUGUGUGGCAGAAAACAAGUACGGCACUAUUUAUGCCAGUGCUGAGUUGUGGGUGAUAGCUGCAGCACCUGAUUUUUCCAAAAAUCCUGUGAAAAAAAAAAGUCUGUUUCAAAUUGGAGGUGAAGCUACAAUUGGGUGUAAACCAAGUGCUUCUCCCAGAGCAGUUAUGAACUGGAGAAAAGGCCCAGAGAUUCUGCACCAGAACAAAAGGGUCAUCUUACUAGAGGACAGCAGUCUCAGGCUCUAUAAUGUCACCAAAUCAGAUGCUGGGGUGUACACCUGUAUAGCAACAAAUCAGUUUGGAGUCGCCAGAAAUUCAGGGAACCUGAUUGUGAAAGAAAGAACUGUAAUCACUAUUCCACCUUCUAAUAUGGAUGUAACAGUUAGAGAAAGCAUAGUCCUCACAUGCCAGGUGUCUCAUGACCCCUCUGUCGAUGUGGUGUUCAUAUGGUCAUUCAAUGGCAGUAGAAUUGAUUUUAAUAGACGAAUACAUCAUUUUGAAAGAAUUGGAGAAGAAUCUGUGGGGGAUCUGAUAAUAAGAAAUAUUCAGCUACAUCAUUCUGGGAAAUAUGUGUGCAUGGUACAAACAACUUUAGACAGUCAAUCUGCAAUAGUAGAUAUAAUUGUAAGAGGCCCCCCAGGUCCACCAGAAGAUGUUAAAGUUGAACAUAUUUCUAGCACUACUGCUGUGUUAUCCUGGAAGUCUGGAAUAGAUAAUAAUAGUCCAGUCCAGAUCUACAGUGUUCAGACAAGGACUCCUUUCUCAGUUGGAUGGCAGGUGGUUUCAACAGUUCCUGAAGUCAUUAGCGGUAGGACUCACAAGGCAACAGUGGCUGAAUUAAGCCGUUGGGUUGAAUAUGAGUUUUGUGUGGUUGCCAGCAACAGUGUUGGAAUUGGGGAGCCAAGCAGACCAUCAGCUCUACUGAAAACUAAAGCAGCAGUUCCUGCUGUGGCACCAACAAAUAUCAGUGGAGGAGGAGGAAGCUGUUCUGAGAUGGUGAUCACAUGGGAGGUAAUUCCAGUUUCAGAUCUACACAAUGGGGAAGAUUUUGGCUACAUCGUUAUGUUUUGUCAUCUUGGCUCAGCAACCUGGACAAAAGCAGUGGUGGCUUCAGCGGAAGCAAGAAAAUAUGUUUAAAAGAAUUAAAGCAUUAAACCUCUCUCUCCUUUUGAAGUGAAAGUUGGCGUCUACAACAAUGAAGGCGAAGGGACUCUUACCUCCAUUUGCUCAGGAGAAGAUGACACACAAAUAGCACCAGUGGGGGUUUCUGCAUUGAGUAUUUCAGUGGCAGAGGUGGAGGUCUGGCAGCCCAUUGCAUGGAACAGGCACACAGGCAGGGUGCUGGGCUAUGAGGUUUUAUAUUGGACUGAUGAUCCCAAGGAAAGCAAAGCUGGUAAAGUCAGAGUCAGGGGGAAUGUAACAGCCAAAAAUAUCACAGAACUAAAAGCUAACACAGUCUAUUUUGCAACGGUUUGAGCUUACAACACUGCAGGGACUGGGCCCUCUAGCACCCGGGUAAAUGUCACCACUAAAAAGUCACCACCACGUCAACCUCCGGCAAACAUUGCCUGGAAACUGACAAAUUCCAAAAUCUGUUUGAACUGGGAACAUGUAAAAACAAUGGAGAACGAAUCAGAGGUGCUAGGCUACAAAAUUUUGUAUAGACAAAACAGACAUAGCAAAACGCAUAUACUGGAGACAAACAACACUUCAGAUGAACUUCUGGUACCAUUUGAAGAAGAUUAUCUCAUAGAAAUAAGAAUAGUCAGUGACAGUGGGGAUGGCAGCAGCAGUGAAGAAUCUAGGAUUCCAAAAAUAUCAAGUACGUGAGAUGGCUUUUUCCCUCCUCUGACUGUUAUUGUGCAAUAAGAAAUCUAUGUUCCUCUAAAUACAAUAGAUUAACAGAUUUUCCAUUACCAUAGCUGGCCUCCUUUUUGUUGCAUUGUGAUGCUGGGCACAUCAGCAUUAGUUAAUCUCUGGUACUCUCAGAUUCAUUAGCAGAGAAAUUUAGCACAACACCUAGAUGUGACCGUAGUUUUAGUGUAGUGGCCUGUAACACUCAGGGCAGAACAGAGAAAUAAACUUUCUUGAUAAAGUUGCAGCUCUCAUAUAUAAUGCAGCUCUUAAUCUGAUCCGGAGCUGCUGAAGCUCCUGAGACAGAGAACCUUAGCCCUGCUCCAUGCUGGGGUGGGUAUCCCAGGGCCCAGCCCCUGUUCUCAUAAGUACCUUAUUUUCCUGCAAAACACGGCACAGUUUUGCAACAAACUAGCCAAAGCCCCCCUAAAAGCAAUAUUCCAGGGAGGGUAGGAAGGUGAUUCAAAACCAGAUUCCAUAGAACUGCUGCUACAACUUAAAAGAUAAACAGAAGAAAUGUUUGCGGAUAAUGUUUCAUUUUGGAAAUAGAACUAAGAUUACUAUUAUGCUAGAAUGCAUAAAACACCUUUAUUUGCGAUAAAUUUACUUUUGUCAGAAAAUUUUGUGUGCUUAUAUUUUUUCAGGUUUAAUCUCUGAAGCAAUAAAAUUGUCCCACAGGGUAAACCAUAUAUUGACAUCUGGGAUCCUGCUACUGAGUUCUAUUCUCAUAUAGUCGUUUCCUUGAUGAUUAAAAAAAUGCUCAGCCAUGGACUUUUAAAAAUAAACCAUGUGUAGAUUUUAUCUUAAUACUUAACUGUGACCAACAUUCCUGAUAAACAGUGGGGAUGGUGGAGGGAGAAAGAAGUGGUCUAUUAUUAAGAAAACAUUAGGUAUCAAUAUUACAUUAAUUUUUAAAAAUAAGCUUUGAAAUUAAUGGAUAAAUAUAUAUGCAUUAAUUUAAUGGAGUGACGCCAAAAGUAACUUAGGAUUGUAAGAACAGUGAUCUCAAAUAUUUUACAAGCAGUAUUUCUAAUUGAAACUCCAGUAUAAUGAUAUGUCAAACAUGAAAGACGUCUGCCAAGCUGUUGUAACUGAGAAAAGGUUUGCAAUUGCUUGUGAUGUGAAUAUUAUUUAUCUCACUUUCUUCAAUGUAACCUGUAAAAAGAAACAAAACAAAACACUUCCAAUUAAAUGUAAACCCUUUGUUUA